AUGUACGUGCGCCUGAAGCCGCACGUUGUGAAAAAGCAACGAGAGGGCAAUUUCCCCAAAGACGGACCCCUUGAUACUUUGUUCAAUUCCCCUAGGGAGGAAACAAUGCCAGAUGAACCUUUGGAGUUCCAGGACAUUCUCCCUGAUCCGAGGACAUAUGACAAGAUGCAUCCACCCAAGUAUGGAGGGAACGCAACCGUGGUUCUCUUCCACGUCACCGUCAUGAGCCUGGACUCCAUCGACGAGAGUUCCAUGACAUAUGCAGCAGACGUGUUUUUUUCCCAAACGUGGGGAGACUAUCGGCUACGAUUACCAGAUAACAUGACCAGCACUUACCGGCUUCUCCCCGUCGCUUGGCUCAAGGACAUUUGGAGACCGGACUCCUUCUUCAAGAACGCCAAGCAGGUCACCUUCCAGGAAAUGACCAUCCCCAAUCAUUACAUCUGGCUCUACGGGGACAAGAGUAUACUUUACAUGGUCAAGCUGACCCUGGUGUUGUCCUGUGCAAUGAACUUCAAGAGCUAUCCUCACGACGUCCAGACCUGUGCCAUCAAGAUCGAAAGCAUCUCGUACACGACGGACGACCUGGUGUUUCAAUGGGACCCGGCGGUGCCGUUGGUAGUGGACACUACCAUUCAAUUGCCGCAGCUGGAGUUGAUCAAAACGGAGAUAGGGGAUUGCACCACGGAAUAUUCCACGGGGAACUUCACCUGUCUUCAAGUGGUGUUUACCCUCAAGAGGAGACUGGGUUACUACCUAUUCCACACUUACGUGCCGACGUGUUUGAUCGUGAUCAUGUCCUGGAUCUCGUUCUGGAUCAAACCAGAGGCCGUACCUGCCAGGGUUACCCUGGGUGUCACCUCUCUUCUCACCCUUUCCACCCAGCACGCCAACUCGCAGAAAUCCCUCCCUCCCGUCUCCUAUAUCAAGGCGAUGGACGUAUUUAUGUCAAGCUGCACGGUGUUCGUGUUCAUGUCCCUGAUGGAAUACGCCUUGGUGAAUAUUUUGAUGGGAGAUCUACUGGUGGAUGCUGACGAAUCCGCGAUUGCCAAGGGAGUCCAAACGGUGGUCACCGUCAGCAAAAAACUCUCCGCCAAGACGCUGGGCGCCAAUAACUCUCCCGAACCGACUCGGGAACCAGGGGAGCGCUUGAGACGAACCACCUCAACGCACAGAAAUCCGGCGUUCGACUCAACUUUCCCGCCCUGGCGAUCCUUGGACACCAUGAACUGCGACGGCUUCAUGCAACUGCAGAAUCGGACUAACGCUCGCAGCGAACCGCACGCGAACGCUCCUCCUCCCCCACCCGUGUCUCCAGUCACCACGCCGGAGGACGAGGGGGAAGAGGGCGACGAUUCGCGAACUGGUUCGCAGCGAAGGGACCUUGCCAUCACGGUAGACCGCUGUUCCCGUGUUAUCUUCCCAUCCAGUUUUGCUAUCUUUAAUAUUCUCUAUUGGAAUUACUAUGUGGGCUGGCCCUUUCCUCUUUUGAACCGUGACAUAGUGUACUACGACCAGUGAAUCUCCCGCUUUCCCCAUGAUGACAUUCUUCACCCCUACGAUUAUUAUUAUUUUUUAAAAUCUCGAUACAGGGUCUGUUUUGAACACAUUGCAGUUCAGACCGGCAGAAACUGCGUUUUUUAAUUUUUAAAUCGAUUGACUUGGCUUUCAAUCCAUCCUUCAGUCGAUUUAUUUCCGCGUUGUCUUCCCAUCGAGAACCUUCUAUUUACUUGAGUCAAAAUUAUUUCAAUAAAAAUUUGAG